CACCGCGCGUUGUGAACUGACAGCAGUUUGUGUGUGCGUGAUGCGCUGCAGCCUCACUUCGAUCUCUCUGUCCUGCUGGAAUCCUCAGCAAACACGGAAGAAGCGGCACAGCGCGGCGGUAACUGACAAAUAAUGGCCUGGAUAACACAAUUGUAGAUAUCAAUGGCAAUCCAGAUCCAUUGAGUCCAGUCCUGUGCGGUCUGUGCAGCGGUGAUGUGAUGUGAGGUGGGCUUACAGCGCUCUAUAGCGAGGCUCCAUUUCUACCGGAUCAGCAGAUACUCGCUCGCUUGCUCUAUAGGUAUGCGGUAUCAAGUGUGUUAGGGUUAUUUUUGUACUUCUGUCAGUUCGGCAGGUUUUCGCGCUGAAAGAAGUGAACAUGACCAAGCAGAAUUGGCACUGAAUCAUUUGGAGCAGGGCAUAGAUACUUUCUGGAAAGGAGUGGAUCACACGAGCAUCUCAGCGACUGCAGACACACUGGAUUAAACUGUCUGUAAGGAUGCUUGGAUCGUUGUCCUGAUUGGAAUGCUGUCCUUCUGGUCUUCAGAUGGGAAUUCUGGGCUUUGUAUAUGAAGAGACACUUUAGACCAAUGACAUUCUUUCCCUACAAAGAAGGCAUCCUGACUCUGUCCAAUUGGAUUGGUUUUGAUUGCUUGGCAAAUUUUCCUUUUUGUUUCUUCUUCACGUGUUGAUUCUUUUCAACCUUCCCUCUUUAUUUACCCUGCUGGAAGGUCUGUCUCUCUGCUGUGCGGGAGGACACGGUGGGUCCAACAUGACUACCAAGGCUCCCAUAUACUUAAAACGACGAAGCCGCAAAGGAAAGAAGGAAAAGUUGCGGGAUGUUCUUUCAUCUGACAUGAUCAGUCCUCCGCUUGGAGACUUCAGACACACUAUCCACAUCGGCAGUGGUGGAGGCGAUGACGAUCUUUUUGGUGACCUGUCUUUCCUACAAGGUAAAUUUCAUCUACUACCUGGACAACAAGGUCACCGUGGGUCAUUCCAACUAAGUCGUACAGCAAGUGUAUGCAGUCACCCAGCGGUCAGUGAGGGCUCACCACUGCUGAAAAAUGCCCUGUCACUUCCUAUCAUUGGAGGGGUGCAGGCGCUCACCCUUCCAUCGGCAGCGACGUUGAACACAGAGGUCCCAACAACCUUGACAAAAACUCAAUCGCCCUCAACAUCUCCAUCUCUCGCUCCACCUCCCAAACCUCCCAGACUACACCUGGAAGAGAGGAGCAUCACACGACAUGCGUCCCUUCCUGCAUCUCCAAACCACUCUUCACUGCAUUCAAACACACACAGGCCAAUGCCCGAUACUAAGAAAGAUGAGAAGUGUGUAAAGGAUGCAGAUGAGGAGGAAAGGCCAUAUCUGUCCAAUGCUGGAUCUAUGCUUUCCCUCCAUUUGGACUUGGGGCCAUCGAUUCUAGAGGAUGUGUUGCAGAUCAUGGACAAGCAGAGAACGGGGACGUUCAGUGGGGGACUUGCAUCCAGCGGACGACAAGAGAUAUAUACCUGAUAUUGAACACAAAGAAGUGAGUCAAAGGUGCAUAAAUAUGGGAAUCAUUCUUGAUGUACUGUAACAAGAUAUUUACCAGCUUUUCCUGGAGAUUUGUUUUUUUUUCAUCAAUAUACAUGUAAUCUUUGCAAAAUACUCUUGUGAGCUCCAAGAUUUGGACUGUGAAUCCAUUGUUUUAUUGAACUUCUGCGUACUUACAUGGAUUUUUUAAUUCAUCUCUAUUAGACUGUAUUAUGAUUUUUUUUAAAUGGUACCUUUUAGGUGUUUUUAAGCUUCCUGAGACCCUCAUUCAUGUAAUCUUGGACUGAUUGUGUUGGCAUGAAUCAGUGCAAUUACCAUGUUCACAUUUGCCUAUACAAACCAAUCAAAGGGAGAGAAAAUGGCAGUUUUUCAAAACCGUGAGCCAGGUGUGAAAGCGCCCUCGAAGAUAAACAAACCUUGGAGGAGUUCCUUUUAUAGGGAGAAUUCACCCAAAUAUUUGCCUAGUAUUAUACCAACCAAAUUCCUGGAGACACCUAUACUAUACAUUUUCAAAUCUCUUCCAAAUAAACACACUCAUUAGAGAAGACUCCAAGACUGUAAAUCAAUGGGUCAGAAAAGGGAGACAUUCAAAAUCUGUUCUGUUGGUGUACCGCCAGGAACAGGGUUGAGAAAUACUGACUUAAGUUUUUAAGUGCACUUUUUAGGAGUAGAGACAGUACAAAGGUAUUUAUAAGGGUACUACACCAGUUCUGUAAAACACAUUGUUGUAUUCGCUUCAGAUGUCUUGUCCAUGAACUGUUGGCUGACAUCAUAAUUCGAAAUGCACACUAAAUUGUUGAUAAGUUUUAAAGUCAUUAUCUAAUUGGUGGAAUUCUACAGGAUAUCUGAUUUGUCAUGUUCUUUAAUGAGCAGUAAGGUUCUGUUCAGUACAGUACAGUCUGUUUUCACUGUCAAAAGUACCAAAAUGGUGAACCAUACCAUACCACUUUUUUGGCGUCCUUUUCAAUGGUAACCUAUUAUGACAGUAUUUUAUCAAAAGCAUGGAGCUACAAACUCUGCUGAUCGCUACUGGUUUAUGGAAAAUUGUGAACAGUUUGCACCAUAAGACAAGGGAACAACAACACAGGAGUCUCAUUUUUAAAUACACGGCAGAGACAUUAGGCCAUAUAAUAAUGCAAUGACAGUGCGCAGCAAUGAACCAUGGUCGACCCAAGCUCAAACAAAGCUUGUCUUUUCUUGUAGACCACAGGUGUCAAAUCCAGUUCCUGGAGGACUGCAGCUCUGCACAGUUUAGUAGCAACCCUGCUUCAAAACACUUACCUGUAUAGGUUUCAAACAGGCCUGAAGGACUCAAUUAGUUUGAUCAGGUGUGUUUAAUAGGGUUAAAGCUAAACUCUGCAGAGCUGCGGCCAUCCAGAAACUGGAUUUGACACCUGUGCUGUAGACAAACAGCCAUGUGCCAAGAAGCAAGAAUUUGAUUUGGUGCAUGUCCUCUAUUGUUGUUUAUGAGGUCCUGUAAAAACAGGUGUAAAGUUUUAUGGAUUUGCCACACAUGUAUAUGUGAAGUAAUGAACUUGAGUAAGCAAAAGACGUAAAUGGCGUCAAAAUGACGUUCAUUGUAACUUUAUGCCAUAUGCCACGCUUGGCGAGUAAGAGAGUACUUUUGGCAGUGGAAACAGAAGCCUGAUCAACCCAAUCACACAAUUCCUUCAUGCUGUCCCAACAUAAUUGUUUUUACAAAUUUAAGUGGAUUGAACAUAAAACAAUUAAGUUGUCCCCAAAUCAGUCUCAGAAAUUGUGUCGUUUCAUUUUUUCUUUUAAAUAAGUAGAUUGAACAAGCUGCAAACAAUAUUAUUUUGAGUGAACCAAACCAAAUGCGCAGAUCAGAAUCUUGCCAGAAAUAGUGGGUCAUCAGGGUAUCUCUUGCCUACUGUUUUUUUUUUAAUACUAUGAAUGCAGAGUACUACUUGCUUCACAUCGAAACACCAUUUUAUUGUACUUACACUGACUUUACUUUUGAACAAAACAAACUGUGAUUGGUUUUCAUGUCAGUCCUCGGCCAAUGAAUGCUCCAUCUGAAUAUGUCAGAUUAGUGUACACUAAAGGUACCAUUUUUUAUGUUUUUGUUUUCCCCCAUAAGUGUAUUUGGACUACAAGAAAGACACGUCCUGGCUUUAUUUCUACUCUUAGAUAUAUUAGUAAAAAUCCAACAGCAAUCAAGAAAGCACACCAAAAACGACCUUCAUUGUGCAUUUGUGUAAUUACAGAGCAACGGGCCUCCUGGAUUCACUACAGAAAAAGGAAAAACUGACAGUUUUCUCUUUCAAAGCAGCAAUGACAUCAUCUCCCCCCUCUGUGUUGUUGCAAUUUGUGUAAUCGGGUAAAAAUGCGGAGCUCCUCCCUUAUGAUCUGGACACACACACAUGCACGUGCCAGAAGGCCUCUACAUGCGUCUACACCCUGCCAUGACAACUUUCUGGUUUUGCUGGGAGUAGUUUUCAUUGUUCAGAAUGCAAGGAGCUGUUUUUUUUUAAUAAGGGUCAGAAAUGUGGAAUGGUUUCCUUUCAUGAAAUGCACACUUUUUUUUUCUUGGUGUUUGGUUGUUGUUGAAGUGCAUGCACUCCCUCAGGCUUUGACAGAUGAUCACUUUCCAGGCAGCGGUAGUUUUUCCUUUCUCUGACUUGAGCCGUGGGGCCUAAAAAAGGACUUGUGUUACCUUGGUAUCCCCCAUGUAACCCGGCACAUGUGGGGUUCAUACACUCCAAGCUUUCAGCUCAAAGAUAUAGAUUUCAGUAUUAUGUUUCAUGUCAGGUUAUAAAUUAAAAUAAGUAACUUACCACAAAUUGCAUCAAACUGUCAGCAAGAAGAUGACAUAAAAAAGAAGCAAAUAUUAACAGAAAUGUGUCGCAAUCAGCUGUAUAUGAUGCUACCUUUGCACAAACAGCAAUAAGGAACCUACUGUAUUCAUUUAUCAACUCAAUAGUUCUCAUACUAUAUAUAUAUAUUCAGAUUUAACACUCUAGUUCAUAAAAUGAAUUCCAUUUCUGAAAGUAUUUUGCUCUUUCUUUAAACAAUUCUUGUUUUCUUAUUUAUUUUGUUACUAGUGAAUUGUAUCCUUAACUUGCAAAUUUAUUUCCAAAGCUUAAUCUAGUUACAUAAUCAUAGCUCUGUGCACUUAACUCCAUUCUUAAUUUAAAUCUCAGCUAGUGACAGAUUAAAUGUAGAAACACUUUGAAUAUGUGGCCUUUCUAUUUGGCUGGUACAGUUUUUUCAAUCAUAAUGACAAAAUGCAUUAUAUUAGAUAUUAUCAAUCUGAACAGGGACCUGAAUGCUAGACAUACAGUGUAAUGAAUACAUUUUAGUACUAAAAAUAUAUACUUAUUUCAUUUUGGAUUCUAAAACUUACCCUUACAUUAACCAGAAAUGUGUUACCUAAACCGUUCCUAUGGUCACUUGACUGCUCAUGUAGAACAAUGGUCCCCAACCCCCAGGGCCGCACAAGAAAUCGUUAAUUAUUUUUGUUUUAUUUAUUAUCUGAGUCUGAACAAUCUUUUAUUUUGAAAAAAAUGUUUAAAAAUGAGCGUGUUCUCUCGAAUACAUCUCGGUCACUUGACCACCAGAAUUUAACCCACAAGCUAGCAAAAUGAGUAAGAAACAGACGUCUUUGGAAAGUUUCUUUACAAAGGGGAAAAGUUCCAUUGAAGGACCCACGAACUGCCAAGCAAUGGAUCCACAAGCUAUUUGUCUACGAGUCAGGUCAAUCCAGCAUGUCUGUGCAAGAAAAAGAUCAACUACUGGAGAUCGCAAAUGAAGGCGGCCAUUCACGUCAUGUCUUUUCCAAGUGCACGUUCGUUAUUUCCAAUGAAGACACUCAUAUUGGAGCGAUGUGCACGCAGCCCCCAGUUAAAAUUUUUCAGAAUGCUGUGAGCGCACUACGAGUCACAUGACAAGAACUGACCGAUCAGCUUUGAAUGGAAAUACAAAUUUCAGUAGACUAACGUUCGAUUCAGUAGACAUACAUGAUGUAUCUGUUGUCACCUACAUGCUGUCCAUAUCCUUUCUUUCAAGUGGGAAAUUUAAAAUAUGUCGUCGUAAUAAUUUUUUUUUUACCCGUUCGAUCGUGGUUAACGAUCACCCAGUACCAUUACAGCCCUUCACACAACAAGAACUUUACACUCUCUAUCUACUCUCUGCUAAAACCAUAUAACAGCUAACGUUAACUCGGAUACCCCACAAAUGGUGGCUAGAUGCAUAAUCCAACGUCACCUGACAAAGACCGAUUUAAGGACCCACGAACUGCCAAGGAAUGGAUCCGCAACCUAUUUGUAAAUAAAAUCAAGUGCAUCCAGGAUGUCUAUGGAAGAAGAUGAUCAACUGACCAUAGAUCAGCAUUCAUAUAUCACGUCUUCCGUGUGCAAGUUCAUUAUUUACAAUGGAGGCACGCAUAUUGGGAGUGAUGCGCACAUGGCACUCCCGUUUAAGAACAUCUCAAGAUUCUGGAAUACUUCGUCACUUGACAAGAACUGACCAAUCAGCAUUGAAUGGAAUAUACAAAUUUCGGUAGACUUAACAUCCGAUUCAGUAGACAUCUGUAAUCUCCUACAUGCGGUCCAUAUCCUUUCUUCCAAAUGGGAAAUUUAAAAUAUCUCGUCAUAAUUUUAUUUUACCUGUUCGAUCGUAUGAUUUACCAUUACAGCCCUUCACGCAACAAGAAAGUUACACUCUAUUUACUCUGUGAAAGACGUUAAAACCAUAUAACAGGUAACGUUAACUUUGAUACCCUGCAAAGGGCGGUUAGACCCAUAAUGUAACUAGGCGUUCAUGAGGGUGACGUCACCUGACAAACACUGACCCAUGAACUGCCAAAGAAUGAAGCCGCAACCUAUUUGUCAACGAAUCAGGUGAAUCCAGCAUGUCUGCAAGAAGAUGAUCAUCUGCUGUAGAUCGCAAAGGACCGUAAAUUUCCAUUUACAUAUCGCAUCUUUUCCGCGUUCAAGUUUGUUAUCUCCAAUGGAGGCGUGCAUAUAGGGAGUGAUGGGCACGCGGCACCCAGUUAAAAACAUCUUAAGUUUCUGGAAUACCGCAAGUCACUUCACAAGAACUGACCAAUCAGCUUUACACUUUGUAUGGAAUAGACACAUUUCGGGAGACUAAUUAUCUCAGAGAAACACUGCUGUGCCUUUUAAUUUUCUAUAUAAGACACUUGUAUCAGAGUUGCAGCAAUGUUUUGUCAGCUUGUCAUCUUCAGAGAAAGUUGUUCUCAGCCUAGCAAUCUAUGCACACCCAACAUCCCUCCCCACCCCCGGCACCACUUGGGCCCUGGUAGAAUUGUCAAGCGUUGACCAGUCCGUAGUGAUAAAAAUGUUGGGGACCACUGAUGUAGAAUACAAAAAUAUCUUUACAUUUGUCAUUUUUCCUAAUUGCAUCAACACAGUACGUAUUAGACUAGGAUGAUGUGUAACUCUUAUAAGCUGUUGUAUUUUAAUAAGGGUGAUCAGGGUUACUUUCUGAUUUUGCAUCACUGAAGCACAAUAACUACAAAUAAAUAAAUAUCUUUUCAGCAAUUCAAUAAACAGAUAGAUGUAAAUACCAAUAGCUGGAUUUAAUGCUAACAAUCACAUGCCUUAAUAAACAUCUCUAAUUUACCACAGCAAAAUACUGUGAUCAUUCAUGUAUUAAUGCUGUUUUCAGUUUGCAACAAAUAUAGCCGUGGAUUUUUUACUCCGAUUUUUGUUGAUUAAAGUGAAAAUGUGAUGUUCCUACAUUACUGAUAUGCUAAUUUCAUGAACACAUACAUUCCUGGUGGACUUGUGUUUUCUUCUUCAUAAAACGACAGUAUGUAUUCAGGCUAAAAAGGAAGCAGCAGCAUCUGGAAUAUUUAGCGUUGCUGCUUUAUCAAUGAACGUGAAUCAUUUAUCACUAAUCACCUUGGUUUUGCAUCUGCACCUAAGGACAUUUUUUAUUGGGAUUUUUCAGAUUGUAUACUGGAUGUUAACUGAAUGUUUGCUGCUGCUGUACAUAUUACAAUAGACUUACAGGAUAGGACAGAAACAAAAUGGUAAAUAAAUGGCCAUUUACAAAA